UCCGACCAAAAGAUUAGCAAACAUGAGGGGCAUUUCUCUCUGUCUUCUCAUCCUCACCUUCCUCGCCCUCGGAGCUGAAUCGAACACCCCCAGAUUAAGCAGAUACCGAUGCUCAAACUCGAACACGACAUCCACAUCUUUUAAGGCAGACCGUGACCUCGUCCUUCACUCCCUUUCCUCCAACUCAAAAACUCAAACCGGGUACAGUAACACAAGUUCUGGCGCCGUCUAUGGCAGUAUCCUGUGCAGGGGAGACCUCAACCCGGAUGCGUGCGAGGAAUGCGUGGUGAACGCAACGGAGAUGGCUGUUAGACUUUGCCACGGGUCUGAAUGGGCUAUUCUGUGGUUCGACCAGUGCAUGCUCCGGUACUCUGAUCACAACUUCUUCUCGUCCAUGGAGAGAGAGCCUUCUUUGGAUGAGUACAAUAAGGAGCCCGUGGUCGGGCCUGAGCAGUUCAUGGCUGUGUUAGAGAAAACAAUGGGGCAGCUUGUGAACAAAUUGGGGGCUAAGUAUUCAAGAGUUAAGAAGUACGUGACGAAGGAUGUGAAGAUUAAUGCGAAGCAGACUCUUUACACUAUGGCCCAGUGCACGCCUGACAUAAACAAGACCGGUUGUAUGAAUUGUCUUGAGACUGCUGACCAUAAACUCCAGACCAUUGACAAGGAGAAAAUUGGAGGAAGAGUUCUACUUCCUUCUUGUUUUGUGAGGUUCGAGAUCUACGAAUUUUAUGGGAUCAAUUCAAAAGGGACGAAGGAAUUUUCAACGACUGUCGUUUUGGUUAUAGCUGCAGCAGUAGCGUUCAUGAUGACAUGUCUCAUGGGCUGCCUUCUGAUGCAAAGGAAAGGCAGGAAGGCGAAAGAUCACAUUGAAGAAGAUCCAAUUGUUGGGACUGGAAUUUCGGAACUACAUGCCCUGCAAUUCCCACUGUGUAGCAUCGAAGCGGCCACGAACAGUUUCUCAAGCAACAACAAAUUAGGGGAAGGAGGAUUCGGUCCUGUUUACAAGGGGAAACUUCCAUGCGGGUCAGAAAUAGCUGCAAAGAGGCUGUCACAGGCCUCAGGACAAGGCGUGCAAGAGUUCGAGAACGAGAUCGAACUCGUUGCGAAGCUUCAACACAGGAAUCUCGUGAGGCUGUUGGGUUUCUCCUUGGAAAGGGAAGAGACAAUCCUUAUCUAUGAAUAUGUCCCAAAAGGAAGCCUCGACCACUCCUUGUUUGAUCCAAAGAUUAGCGGGAUAUUGGAUUGGUCAAGGAGGUACAAGAUUACGGUUGGUGUUGCACGUGGGCUUCUCUACCUUCAUGAAGAUUCUCGGCUCAGAAUCAUUCACCGGGAUCUCAAAGCCAGCAACAUCUUAUUAGAUGCAGAAAUGAAUGCGAAGAUUUCUGAUUUCGGUAUGGCCAGGAUAUUCGGUGCUGACCAGAUUGAAGCCAGCACAAACAGAAUCGUCGGGACAUAUGGUUACAUGUCUCCUGAGUACAUAAUGUUUGGGCACUUCUCGACAAAAUCAGACGUCUUCAGCUUCGGAGUGUUGGUCCUUGAGAUCAUAACUGGCAAGAAGAAUAGCGGUUUCCACCCGCAAAACUUCGAUGAAGGCCUUCUGGGAUAUGUUUGGAAACAUUGGAGUGAAGGGAUCCCCUUGAAACUGGUCGACCCAGCCCUAGGCAACUCUUACUCAGCAAACGAAGUAAUUAGAUGCAUCCAUAUCGGCUUGCUUUGUGUUCAAGACGACCCAGAUGACCGUCCCACAGUGGACUCAGUCAUUCGCAUGCUCAACAGUGAGUCCACUAGCCUACCAUUGCCUCAACGACCCUCAUUCUUCUUCCCUAGCAGAAAGCAUAAGCAACCGCUGCCGAACUCGAACCUUGAACAAGCCACAGAAAAUGAAGCUCUGCAUACUGAACUCGUGCCACGCUAGCUAAACACUCUUUCAGUGGUUUCCUUGGGUUUCAGGUCAUUGUGCCCUUGGAAACAAGUUUUGCAUGUAAUAAAGGUUAGGAUAGGAUAGUGUCUCAAAAUAUAUUGCCACCACUAGUAAGUGAACUCGAUACAUGAUAUUAUUAAGUUUCACAGAAUUAUGUACCUUAA